AUGCAGGUUCUCAACUACAUGGCAGCAUGUGUGAAAGGCUUUUCAGCGUUUGUCUUGGGACUGGUACUCUUUAACAUCACCAUCAAUAACAAAGAUAAUAGGAUUGAGCACACCCUCAUCAAGUUUGCUGGUGACAAGAAGCUGAGUGGUGCAGUUGAUACAGAAGAAGGAAGGAAUACCAUCCAGAUGGACCCUGAUAAACUCGAAAGGCCACCCAACCAGAACAAAGAGGUGGACAAGAUACUUUACAGACAGAUUCUGGGGUGCAUUAAGAAGAGCGUCCAGCAGGUCGAGGGAGGUGAUCCUCCCCCUCUACUCUGCCCUGGUAAGGCCUCAUCUGGAGUACUGUGUCCAGUUCUGGGCUCCCCAGUACAAAAAGACAGGGAUCUCUUGGAAAGAGUCCAGCGGAGGGCCACAAAGAUGGUGAAGGGCCUGGAGCAUCUCCCCUAUGAAGAAAGGCUGAGUGAACUGGGUCUGUUUAGCCUUGAGAAAAGACGACUGAGAGGGGACUUGAUCCAGGUUUAUAAAUAUCUGAGGUGUGGCGGCCAUAGUGGUGAGGCCAGUCUCUUUUCAGUGGUACUUGGAGACAGGACGAGGGGAAACGGACAUAAGCUGCAGCAUAGGAAGUUUCGCACGAAUGUGCGUAAGAACUUCACGGUGAGGGUGACGGAGCACUGGAACAGGCUGCCCAGGGAGGUGGUUGAGUCACCAUCCCUGGAUGUGUUUAAAAACCAUUUGGAUGUGGUGCUCAGGGACAUGAUUUAGUAGAGGGUUGAUAGUUAGGGUAGUGUGG